AACGCUGUGUGUAGUGUAGUACGUAGACGGGCACUGUGAUAUGGAACUAGGCGAAGGGGAAGUAAUGAAGUGUUUGAUUGAUCUGGAACUGGAAGUGGAGUUUAACGUUGAGUGCCACCAGCAAGUUCUCAGCUAUAAGUACUUCAUGUCUCGUUCCAUAAAAUUGGACAAGCCCCUGUUAAACGCGUGUCGAGAAGACGCACAGAAGUUGUGUAUGACAGAGUUGGAGGAGGAAGAGAAGUUAGAGCACAAGCCUCACGGGGCUGUUAUCUCGUGUCUGUAUCAUCACAUCUUCUCUGAUAGCAACGAGAAGCUGUCGACCAAGUGUUUGCCCGAGUUAAAGCGACAAUAAUCGCACAAGGUGAAAGUGUCAACCUGUCCCCAUCUGUGGUUUCCUCCUGUGCUGAGGAUCUCGUCACGUACUGUGCUGGAUAUGAGAAAGAUAAGGACGACUGGGGAUGU